ACCAAGCUCUAGGGACAGCUCCAAGCCCUCGGGCGGGACAGAUCCAAGCUGGGAGCAGCUGUAGGAGCUGGGCCUCCAAGAUGAGGCCAACCCUCGCCCUGUGCCUCUUCUGGCAGGCGUUCUGGCCCCGGCCCGGCGGUGGUGAGCACCCCACUGCCGAUCGCGCGGUCUGCUUGGCUUCGGGAGCCUGCUAUAGCCUGCACCAUGCUACCUUCAAGCGCCAGAUGGCCGAGGAGGCCUGCAAACUACGGGGCGGGGUACUCAGCACGGUGCGCUGGGGCGCCGAGCUAGGUGCGGUUCUCACGCUCCUGCGAGCGGGCCCGGGACCUGGACGGGGCUCCAAAGACCUUCUUUUCUGGGUGGCGUUGGAGCGCAGACGAUCCCACUGCACCCUGGAGAAUGAGCCAUUGCGGGGUUUUUCCUGGUUGUCCCCCGACGACGUCGGCGAGUCGGAAAGUGACACGCUGCAGUGGGUCGAGGAGCCCCAACGUUCUUGCACUGCUCGGAGUUGCGCAGGACUCCAGGCCACUGGGGGAAUUGAGCCCGCAGGCUGGAAGGAGAUGCGAUGCCACGGACGCGCCAACGGCUAUCUGUGCAAGUAUCAGUUUGAGGGCUUGUGUCCCGCUCCGCGCCCUGGGGCCGCUUCUAACUUGAGCUACCGCGCGCCCUUCCAGCUGUACAGCGCAGCACUGGACUUCAGUCCCCCUGGGACCGAGGUGAGUGCGCUCUGCCCCGGACAGCUCUCCAUCACAGCCACCUGCACGGUGGAUGGAGUCGGCGCACGCUGGGACGGGAUACCCUCAGGGGCCGUGCUCUGUCCCUGUCCUGGGAGGUACCUCCGAGCUGGCAAAUGCUCGGAGCUCCCUGACUGCCUAGACGACUUGGGAGGCUUUGCUUGCGAGUGUGCUGCAGGCUUCAUGCUGGGGAAGGAUGGACGUUCUUGUGUAACCAAAGGGGAAGGACAGCCAGGCCCUGGGGGGACGAGGGUGCCCACCUGGCACUCGCCAGCCACUGCAGCCAGCCCUGUACCUAAGAGAACGUGGUCACCCAGUGUCCAGGAGAAGCCAGGAGAGCUACCCCAUGCCCCUGGACAAGGCAGCUCAGCAACAGCCCAGAGCACGACAUCUACCCUUGACAUGUCUCCUCUAACAGAGUCAAAGGCCGACAACACCUCCUCGGGAACUGUGAUUCCCAAGUUUAAUUCCACAUCUUACUCUGACAAUCCCCAGGCUUUCGAUGCUUCCUCCACCGUGGUCUUCAUACUGGUGAGCAUAGCGGUGGUAGUGUUGGUGAUACUGACCGUGACGGUGCUGGGGCUCUUCAAACUCUGCUUCCACAAGAGCCCUUCUCCUCAGCCAAGAAAGGGGCCUUUGGCCCCACAGGGCACGGAGAGUGAUGCUGAGGCCACUGCUCCGAGCUCUACUUCCGCACAUUGCACAGAGAACGGGGUAAAGGUAGAGGACUGUGGUCUGUGGGACAGAGUAGAGGGAGCCUCGCGGCCAGGGUCCUCUCUUGGCUCUGGUGACACAUAGGGAAACUGAAAAUAGCAAACACUUGUGAGCAGAGUUUUUCACUUCCAAUGAAAAGGGAAAAGGAGAACUUAUUUGUGGAACUGAUAAUUCCUACAGAAAUUCCCCUUCCCCUAAAUUCCCUCUCCUCCACUGAGGAGCCAAAUCUGGACUGGACACUCCUUCCCUGAAGAUGGAGGAAGUGGAAGUGCCUUAGGGUAGUAUUCAGGAGCCAGGGACAGGUAUUUUCUUGAGUUUAUUUUGGGAGAUUUGAAGAGAUGAUUGAACUUUUUAAGACACUGGAAGCAAACAGAAAAAAAAAUUAUUUUAUUUUUCUACCAAAAUGGAAAGGAAAUCUACCUACAUUGUUCAGGCUACAAGUAUGUUGGUUUGAAGUUCCCAGGCAAAAAAAUAAAGGAUUGUUGAUAACCCAGACUCGAA